ACACACACACACACACACACACACACACACGCCAUUGCCUUGUCAGCUAACCCCCUCUAGUGCCGAGCAUCCUGCACAGAUGCGCACAGUCUCCCGUUGUAGCCGCCGCUUCAGCUGCUCCUCCGCUGCAUCCCAGUCAUUCCUCCAUUCACCGUCCGCAUCUCGCCGCUGCAGCGGACCGGGGCUGGAGGCAGGGAGCUGGGCAGUCCGCGGCACGUUCCCGCGCUAACAACAGGAUAUCUGAAGUCUGUCACGACUCUGUGCGCCAGGGAGACGCACUAGACUGAUAAGGGUAUUUUAGAGUAUCUUUGAAACAAUGUAAUAACGGUGACUGAAGUCCGUGGGAUAUUUUCAAAGUUGUUAGGAGCCAAGUGUUCCUUCUCUUGUAUACACAUUUGGUAUUACUUUAGAUAUUUACGCGACUUUUAUCCAAAUUGAGCGUCGUCUCCGCCGCUGCCACGAGGUAAAGGAUGGAUCCCCUGUUUCGUCACCCGGCAGUUCUCUUCAACCGGGAACAAAUGUAAGGACCAGGAUCAGUGGAUCGGUGCUUUUUUUGGAGGAUCGAGCCGCGUUACUCUCUGACCACGUUACCUCUCGCCCAGAAGUACCUCAGAUAAAGCCGGUGAUAGAUGUUGCAGCAGACAUGAGUUUUGGGAAGAGAUUUUUCCUCGUUUCACUGUGUCUUGGAAUUGUCCUCACUCGCUUCAGCCAGUGCAACCAAGUUGUGCUGCUGGAUACGACAUCUGUGCUUGGAGAGCUUGGAUGGAAGACAUAUCCUAUAAAUGGGUGGGAUGCCAUCACAGAAAUGGACGAGCACAACAGGCCCAUCCAUACUUUCCAAGUUUGCAAUGUGAUGGAACCCAACCAGAACAACUGGCUUCGUUCCAACUGGAUCUCUCGACAGGCGGCUCAAAAGAUCUACGUGGAGCUUCGCUUCACCCUGCGUGACUGUAACUCCAUCCCUUGGGUGUCUGGCACCUGCAAGGAAACCUUCAACCUCUUCUACCACGAGACCGAUGAGGCUCAUGGUGUCAAAUUCAAGCCUACUCAGUACACUAAGAUCGACACCAUCGCUGCUGACGAGAGCUUCACUCAGAUGGACCUCGGAGAUCGCAUCCUCAAGCUCAACACAGAGGUGCGCGAGGUGGGACCCAUGACCAGGAAGGGCUUCUAUCUGGCAUUCCAGGACAUUGGUGCCUGCAUUGCCUUGGUUUCGGUGAGGGUUUACUAUAAGAAAUGUCCAUUCACGCUGAGGAACCUGGCCUCAUUUCCAGACACGGUGCCUCGUGUGGACUCUUCCUCACUGGUGGAGGUGAGGGGGGCAUGUAUUGACCAUGCUGAAGAAAGAGACACACCCAAAUUGUUCUGUGGGGCUGAUGGUGAUUGGUUGGUUCCCUUGGGAAGAUGUGUCUGCAGCGUUGGGUAUGAGGAGAUCGAUGGCUCAUGUAUCGCGUGCCACCCAGGCUUCUACAAGGCGUAUGCUGGAAACAUCAGGUGUUCAAAGUGCCCACCACAUAGUUUCAGCUAUAGAGAAGGGGCUGCUAUCUGUCGCUGUGAGAAAGGCUUCUUCAGGGCUGAAAAAGAUCCUCCAACUAUGGCUUGCACACGCCCUCCAUCGCCUCCCCGUAACUUAAUGUUUAACAUGAAUGACACCUGUCUGAUGCUGGAGUGGUUGCCUCCCAGCGACACCGGGGGCCGGCGGGACCUCACCUAUAACGUCCAGUGCAAACGCUGCGGCCCAGAGCCCGACCAGUGCCAGCUAUGUGAGGAGGAGCUUCGUUUCCUGCCACGACCGUUAGGCCUGACCAACGCCACCGUCACCGUGGUGGACUUCUCAGCGCACGCCAACUACACAUUUGAGAUUGAGUCACUCAAUGGCGUGUCAGACAUGAGCUCCUUCCCUCGCCAGGUAGCCAUCAUCACUGUCAGCACCGAUCAGGGCGGUCCAUCUGUGGUUGGGGCACUGAAGAAGGACUGGGCCUCUCCCAACAGCAUCGCUCUCUCCUGGCAGCAACCCGAACAGACAUCACUGCCCAUCCUAGACUACGAGAUCAAAUAUUAUGAGAGGGCUCACUCUCUCCCACAGGAACACGAGCAAUUGAGCUACUCAUCCACGCAGACCAAGGCUCCCAGUGUGAUCAUCUCAGGUUUAAAACCAGCAACUUGGUACGUCUUCAGCAUACGCACCCGCACGCCAGCUGGAUACAGUUCCUACUCACCUAAAUACGAAUAUGAAACUACAGGAGACUCAUCAGACAUGGCUUCUGAUCAAGGCCAGGUGUUGGUCAUCGUCACGGCAGCGGUUGGCGGCUUUACCCUCCUCGUCAUCCUGACCCUCUUCCUCCUCAUCACUGGAAGGUGUCAGUGGUACUUUAAGGCCAAGAUGACCUCAGAGGAGAAAAGAAGGACCAGUUAUCAGAAUGGACACGUCCCUUUCCGAGGAAUAAAGACCUAUGUAGACCCUGAUACCUACGAGGACCCCUCUCAGGCUGUCCACGAGUUCACUAAGGAGAUCGACCCAUCCAGGAUCCGCAUCGAGAGGGUGAUCGGAGCCGGUGAGUUUGGUGAGGUGUGCAGCGGCCGCCUAAGAACACCGGGGAAGAAGGAGAUUGCCGUGGCAAUAAAGACACUGAAGGGAGGCUACGUGGAGCGUCAGAGGCAGGACUUCCUGCGUGAGGCAUCGAUUAUGGGCCAGUUUGACCACCCUAACAUCAUCAGGCUGGAGGGUGUGGUCACCAAAAGCAGGCCUGUGAUGAUUGUGGUGGAGUACGUGGAAAAUGGAUCGCUGGACUCAUUUCUGAGGCAACAUGAUGGUCACUUCACUGUCAUCCAGUUGGUUGGCAUGCUGCGUGGCAUUGCCUUGGGGAUGAAGUACCUGUCAGACAUGGGCUACGUUCACAGAGAUCUGGCAGCUCGAAACAUCCUGGUCAACAGCAACCUGGUGUGUAAAGUGUCAGACUUUGGCCUGUCCCGAGUGCUGGAGGACGACCCGGAGGCUGCUUACACCACAACGGGUGGUAAGAUCCCAAUCCGAUGGACAGCACCUGAGGCCAUCUCAUACCGGAAAUUCUCCUCAGCCAGUGAUGCGUGGAGUUACGGCAUUGUCAUGUGGGAAGUGAUGUCAUAUGGGGAGCGGCCAUAUUGGGAGAUGUCCAAUCAGGAUGUGAUUCUGUCCAUUGAAGAGGGCUACCGGCUCCCUUUACCAAUGGGCUGCCCCGUGGCCCUGCACCAACUGAUGCUGCACUGCUGGCAGAAGGAGAGGAGUCGUCGGCCCAAAUUCACAGAUGUUGUUUCCUUCUUGGAUAAACUGAUCCGCAACCCCAGCAGCCUGCUGCCACUGGUAGAGGACAGUCAGAGUCUACCAGAGUCUUCGGGGGAGGAAAUGGACUACCCAAUGUUCAUCUCCGUCGGUGACUGGCUGGACUCCAUCAAGAUGAGUCAGUACAAGAGCAAUUUCAUGGCUGCAGGCUACAACACAUUGGAUUCUGUGGCCGGGAUGAGUAUUGAAGAUGUGAGGCGUAUUGGCGUGGGGCUGAUCGGCCACCAGAGACGGAUCACCAGCAGCUUACAGACCCUUCGCCUUCAGCUACUGCACGAACAGGAGAAGGGUUUCCAUGUUUGAGGACACCCAUCAACGCAACCUGGGAUUGACAGAUAGAUGGACCAGACAGAAGUUAAGUCUAGACCAUAGGACAGACAGUCUACAACCUGUGCCUGAGUCUUACCCCUCAUACAGGAAGUCAUUGGACAGACUACCACAGCAGACUACCCCGUGGUCUCCCUCACACCCAGUAGUAUCAGACUUUUUUCUACUAUACACCCCAUAACCCACUAUACCUGGUUAUGUCAGACUAUUGCAGCCUGAUAGACUUUACAGACUGGCCCAGGCCCUCACUUAGGGGAAUGUAAUGCCUUGUUGCAGCAGCAGUACUUUGUGUGUGGAGCAACAAUAUCUAGAGAUGUAGAUUUGCAAACAUAAUUUACUGAAUCUUUUGACUCUUUUAUCGUUUGUUCUUUUCUCGCUCCGAGUUAUGUGCUCAUGUAGCUGCUAUCAGGUGUGCAAUCAAAAUGUUUUGUCUUUUGAAAAAAAUAUCCUCAGUAUUUUUUCUGUUUAUUUUGGAGUUUAAUAAUCUAUCUUGAAGGUAUUAUUUGCAUUGCUUUAGUUUACCCUCUCUCCAGAGAAUCUUGUACGCUAAUACUUGAAGAAAGAAGCAAGAAGCAAGUUAUGGCGAUUUCUUGAAUGUUUAAAAGUGUAUAGACAAUUAAUCGAUAAUUAUUAUCAUAACCUAAUAUCUAUUUAUGUGCAGUCCUGUAUGUGAAAGCCCUAGUAAAUCUGGAUUUUAUUUAAAAUGUUUUAUUUAUUUAAGAUUUUUAUCCAACUCAGCAAUACAGUAUUAUGCAGUCACCUCAGUAUCUCAGAGAGAGAUGACAAAUUGUGCAAUGAGAGAACUCUUGUUGACAUAAACAUGAGGCUCACACGACACCAUCCACCUGUUUUUUAUUGUCACAUGCUAAGCUUGCAGAACUGGAUCGGUUGCCUUCAGAUGAAUAACCAUACAAGUCUAUUCUGACAGUUUUUAGCGGCCAGUGAACUCACAAUUGUGUGAUCAGCCUGAUUUUUUUGGGAUUGAGAAUGUUAUACAUUGCCUGAAAGUACACAAUCUCCACUGUCUUAACAUAUGAAUGUUCACAGAUCUUAGUUACUGUAUAGAUAGGAGGCGUUUGAAAUUGUCUGGAAACUUAACAUGGACUUCUGUGUUUUUUCAGAAUUUGCUGAAAUCCUUUCAUACACAUCUGUUGUUUCUUUUUGCCUAGAGAACACCAAUACAGGUAGUGUUUUGCACUUCUGGGACGAAGUAAAUCUAAGAUGUCAGAGCAGCAUGAUCCAUCUCAGGUGUGAAGCUACCAGAUGGAUCUCAGAGAGUACAAAUUCUACUCUAGUCUGUGCUUACAUUGUGGUCAUAUAAAAGUUGUGGCUUUUGUGGCAAUUUGGCAAGUCAGUGUACAUAAGUGUAGUCUUAAGUGAAAACAGUUGGGUCUGCAGUAGAUGAUGUCAUGUAUUCAGAUGUUUGCCAUUGAAAUUGUUUCUUUUUUCAUUCUCUAAGUCAGUCGUGAUAGGAAGUUAUGUAGAAUAUGUAACUGGUUAGCUGAGUCGGAAGCAGGAGAAGUUGCUAGCUGAUGGAAACAGGUGAGAGAAGACAGCGUUCUUAGUUUUGUGUGGUCAGGACAGAGUUGUCAGGCAGAGAUUAAAUAACUUUGAGGAAGGAAGAGAGGGAAUGAGCAUUAACAGCAGCAUCCUAACUCAUCAUAUGUCAUUCUGACAUCAACAGUGACAAACACACACUACACACACACACUGACACACACACACUGAAUGCCUUACAGUCUGUUAACCAUGCAAGACAGAAACACUUAAGAGUAGUUCAUAAGUUUCAUUGCAGUCACAGGACCUAGCCAUUAGUUUGAGUUGUAUUCCAUAUUCUAGAGGACAGCCGCCCCUCUACAGCUGUGGUUUUUAAUACAAACUGGGGCACAAUGAUAAUGUAAAAGGCAAACUGGAUCAAGAGAUCUGUGCCUUUCAGUCACAGCACAAUUAUGCAUCCAGGCCUUCAGGAUUAGGAAAGGUGCACGCACACAUAUUUGCACACACACGUUCACAGUCACCACCCCUCUACAGAAUAUGGAGAAUAUCAGAUGCUGUUUGUUUAGCAUGUUCUACUGCUGAGCAAUGUUAGAACGUUCUUUUGUACAAAGUACAAGUAUACUUAUAAUUCUUGUAUUUUAUUUUUCUAUGAUUUCCAAAGAGAUGUUGUAGAUCUUGCACACUGUAAGAAGCGAAUAUUUAUUUGCAAAUAAAGAUGAACAGUUCUGG